CGGAAGCGCUCCUUCGCUCCGGAAGCAGACGCGCGCCCACCCGGAAGCGGCGCGGGAGAAUGGCGGCGGCCGAGGAAGAAGCGGGCGACGAAUGGCCCGGGGGCCCGGGGCGGCGGGAGCUGCGCUUGGAGGCGGGCGAGGCGCUGGAGCGGCGGGUGGCGGCGGCCGGGGGCCGCCUGCCGCCGCUGGGCGGGGCGGCGCUGCGCUGGCUGGAGGUGCGGGGCUGCGCGGCGCUGCGGGAGCCCGGGCCGGCGCUGGGCCUGCUGGCGGGGCUGCAGACGCUGGCGCUGCCUGACUGCGGGCUGGGCCCCGCCGGGCUGAACCGCGCCGGGCGCCUCCUGCCCGCCGCGCUGCGCACCCUCGACCUGUCGGGCAACGGCCUGGAGGAGCUGCCCGCCGAGUUGGGCGGCUGCUGCUGCGGGGGGGAAGGAGGAGAGCCGGAGGCCGCCGCCGCGCCCGCAGCGAAAGCCGGGGCCGCCGCCCUGCCCGAGCUGCGGCUGCUCAACCUGCGGCGCAACCGCCUGCGCGCCCUGGGGCCCGGCCUGGCCCGCGCCGCCCCUGCCCUGCAGGAGCUGCUCCUGGGCGGCAACCGCCUGCGCGCCCUCCCGGGGGCGCUCCUGCCGCCCCCGCCCGCCCCCAGCCCCCGCGGGCCCCCACUCCUGCCCCUGGCCCUGCUGGGCACCCUGGAGGCCGCCGGCAACGAGCUGGAGGAGCUGGGCCCCGAGGUCGCCCGCCUGGCCGGCCUCAAGGCUCUGGAUGUCUCCAAUAACAAGCUCUCUGAAAUCCCCAUGGAAUUGGCUGACUGUCCGAAACUGAAAGACGUCAAUUUAAAAGGGAAUGCCCUGAAAGACAAACGGCUUGAGAAGAUGGUGAACGGUUGCCAGACGAAAUCCAUCCUGGAGUAUUUGCGAGUUGGCGGUCGAGGGGGUGGCAAAGGGAGAGGAAAGCAGGAAGGUGCCGAGAGAGAGGAGGCGAGGAAGAAAAAGAGGGAGAAGCAGAAGAAGAGAGCAGGCAGUGACGCCGAGGAGGAGGAGGUGGAAGAGAGCCAGAGACUGCUGGUGAAAAUCCUCCACAUUUCUGAGAAUCCAGCUCCGUUGGUCGUGAAAGCGAAUCCGAACACCAAAGAAGUUCGCCCCUAUAUUGUCUGCUGUGUGGUGAAAGGAAUGAACUUUAACCCAGGCAACGCUUUGAAGAGGUUUCUUUCUGUCCAGACCAAGCUCCACGAGGACAUCUGCGAGAAGCGGACCGUGGCCACCAUUGCCACCCACGAUCUACGGCUGAUCAAAGGUCCUCUUCUCUACGACGUGCGGCCGCCCGACGAUUUGAAGAUUGUUCCCUUGGGCCGGAAGGAAAUCAAGGCCAAGGACCUCCUCCGCCAGCUGCAGUCGGAAGCCGAGGAGCAGCGGAAGCAAAAGAGGAGGCAGAAUAUUUCUGGACUGCACAAAUACCUUCAGUUACUGGAUGGGAAAGAAAAUUACCCCUGCCUGGUGGACGCUGAGGGCACUGUGAUUUCCUUCCCGCCAAUCACAAACAGUGAGAAAACAAAGCUUGGAAAAGCCACCUCUGAUCUUCUUCUGGAAGUGACCAGUGCCACCAGCCUUCAGAUCUGCAAGGACGUGAUGGACACCCUCAUUCUGAAAAUGGCAGAGCUGAACAAGUCCGCCAUGCAGAACAAGGAUGGGGAACUGGAUUCCAAUCACGUGCCCAACAACUUUCUCGGACACGGAAACCCGAGCCCCGAAGGCAUUUCCGAGAACUCCCCUCUGUUGCUGGAACAGGUUCGGGUCGUGGACAUGGAUGGGAACUUGAAAGUCCUUUACCCUUCAAAAACUGACCUUGUGACAGUUUCCUCUCUGGUGACUGUAAUUCAUUAAGCUCUGUCCGGUUUGUGGGGGUUUUUUGUUUUGUUUUAAUUCAUUUUUGAAAGUACCUUACAGCAUUUGUAAAUGGUAGCCUUGAUUUUGCCUCUUUCUAAAUUUUUCUUUUUUAAAACACAACUGUCAGCUGCCCUGUUUGGGGGCGGAGGUUGAUUUGGUGUUUGCAGUGCAAGAUUUUGCAGUCUGGAGGGAGACUCUGAGACGGCCUGAUUAAGAAAACAUGCUAAUUGCCUUCCCAACCCUGGGAUCUGCACAGACUGGUCUUGAAUCAAGGAGCUGAGCUGUAUUUAUUCUAAUGUAGCACACUAAUAAAUAAAGGACACUGUGGAGCUUCUGUUUCCACAUGGGGACACCCAUGCUAUUGUGUCAUGGCCUCAGUUAACAACAGCACCAGGGACACUUGAGCCCGGCGCCCAACUUUCUGCUGUGCCAGCUGAGAAGGGGGCAAAGGACUCUUUAUCCCCCCUGUUCCCUAGUAGGGGCAGCAGCCGCCAGGCUUUGGGCAGAGAAGCCCCUCGCGGCUGUGUGUAUUGCCAGCCAUUGAGAGCGCGGAGGUGCCGAACAGGAGAGGUGUUCCCUCCAACAGGGAUGGUGUUGACUACAACUCCCAGAAUCCCCAGCUGCAGUGGCUUUUGCUUGGGGAUUCUGGGAGUUGUAGUCGGCAUCAUCAGGGAAUCCCGGCGGUUAGAGGGAUCACAGGGUCAGAGCAAACUUGUGUUGCUCUGACCUGGGGAUUGAUUGCGGGGGCACCCUUUGCCCAUGUCCCGGCCAGUGCAGGCGCAUCUGUUGCAUAACGUAGAAGCCGCGAAAGCUGUCCCUGCCGUUGACAGCUGUGCUAGGGUCCAAACCAUAAAGGCGUCCUUCCCUGUGCCUUCCUCAGUGGCCUCAUGCCCAGAAUCCCAACUGUGGCUGUGGGAUCUUGAGAAUCUGAAUCCCUUUCCCCAGGCAGUCUAGUUGCACGUCCCCUGGCCCCGCUCUGCAACACUCCAGCAGUGUAGGAAGCAGGAGGAGCUGCCACACCUGCACUGUGCAGAUGUGGCCGGGGACCGAGGGCAUCUCUUGCGCGUUCUCUCCCUGGCGGGUUGCCAGUGGCACCAGUUGGUAUCACGGGGGACAGCGGCUGCCAUGCGGUUGGGCUGAUGUGGGGCUGCACAACUCUGGCCCCUCCUGCAGAUGCUGGACUACAACUCCCAUCAUCCCCCGACAAUUGGUCACGGUGGCUGGGGGUGAUGGCAGUUGUCGUCCCAGACCAGGUGGAGGUCCUAAGCCCUGGGCUUAGUGGAUGGAUUGGGCCUGGGCUUUCCCCCGCCACUUGGAGAUCCAACCCUCGACACACGCAUGCUGGUGACCUGUAUCUGCAAGGAAGGGGCUGGGGGGCUCUUCAAAGCAGGGGGAGCCAAUGGGCCGGCCCCACCUGAGGGCACAACUAGAUUCCCUCCUUGCAUCGGCCUCCAUUUCUAGGCUUCAUCGGUUGCACAGAAGAAUGUAAAGAUGUUGCUAAAAAUAUUACAAAUAAAGCAGCAAAUAAAAGAUA